GGUACAUUUAUAUGUCGAUGAUAUGAUCGCGAUCAGGAGCCAGGCAGGAGCGGUUAAAUCAAACUUCAACUUCAAGUUACACUGUAAACUCGAGGAACCGUUGUUAAUUUGUUACAGAACACAGAAUUGGCAAUAAUUUCGGUAUCAACAAGAAAAAUUAGUUGUGGAGACAAAUCAGACAAGGAUUUUUCAUCAAGCACUAACAAUGGCACAACAAAACCAAUUACUUUUCAAUCUGGGCAUUCCAUGCAACCCCCAGAACAUGGUUACCAAGUUCCACAAUCCAGGCCCGGUUAUCAUUGAGCGUCUUGCUGGAAGCAAACAGACAAAGCCAGAAGUUGCUGGUGAAAACUCAGAGCAACCAGUCGUGUUCAAUGUUAUCUCCAAAGAAAAAAUAGCUUUCGCUAUGCAGCUUGCAAGACGGGACAUGAAGAACAAGAUACAAGAGCAAAAACAACACCACAGGCAGCAGGUUCAAGAGAAAGGAGAAUUGGCAAAGCCACGAAAGAAUGUAGGUAAAAAGAAGAAUGAAAUUGAGAAAACCAGUAAAUCACAUCACAGACCACACGAUCGCCUCUCCAAGAAAUCAAAUACCAAUGCUCAUAAGACGUCAAAUAACGAUGCCCACAAGAAGUCACUGAAAACACAAACGCCUUCAAAUGGGCUUCCUGGACUUGUUCUGCUAUCACACGAUCAGCCAUGUAAUAUUGAAAGGGAGGCGAAACAGGGCUUGACCAAGGAAUAUUCUCUGUCCAAACCAAAUUCAACCCUCAAGAGUAUCAACUUGCAGCAGAAGCAAGAGAUUGCAAGACUAAAAAGCGAACUUAAAACAUACAUGGAUCAGAUGAAUACAUUAUCAAAACGUGGUACUGAAUCUGUAGAUGUGAAAAGCUAUCCAGAUAGAACAGCAAUGCUAAGAGCGGGAUUAGAGUCUUUAAUGAGAGCCAAACCAAAUCGUGUUGAAAGGCCUGAGAUCAUGAAAUCAAGACAACAGAGGAAGGAAAGAAAACAUAUUCAAAGCAGUAGUGUUAUCCUUCCAAUGUCUGUAAGAGCAAGGCAUCAUAACAAGGAGUUACAUGAACCAGUAGACAGGUCCAUGCACUUCACUAAGCCCACCAAGUCAUCAACCUCCAAGGCCAUACCUGCAGGAGAUGUGGUUAGAAGGGAAAGUUCAAGGACAUCAUCGAAAGGAGAGGUUAAACCAUCGUGGGCACCGCCGGGAUCCCCUCAAAGCUUUCACAAGGUUCGGUUAUCAAAGCAUGUCAGGGCUCCCUCACAUGGUGAUAGUGAUUUACAUGUAGCUUCCAACAUGGAGUCUCAAGGUACUGAAAUGACCAGUGAUUAUGAAGAGAGGAGGUUGCAACAAGAACAGGAAUAUCACAGUGAUUCUUCAGGUGACAGAGAUGAGGAAAUGAGGAUGAGGCUUUCUAAGCACGUUAGGGCUCCCUCACGUGGCAUUAAUGAUUUAUUUUACUCCAAGGAAUCUCUGGAUGAUAAAUCAGGCAGGACAAGAAUCGAUGAUAUUGGAGAACAGGUGUCACAGCACAAAGAGGAACAUCAUAGCCAGUCUAUAGGACACAUGGGUGAGGAAAUUGCUGUGAUGAGGCUAAAACAGGAAGGGAGUGCAUCUCAUACCUACAAAUCAAGUGCUGAGAGUGAAGCCAGCGGAAAUAGAUCAAGGAUGAAAUCUUGUGAACCAACAAGUACCCAAGACUCGUGCUUUCCACCUUCUAUAGAAUCCGCAACUCAACAUACGGAUAUGAAGGACAAAGUCUUGACGCUCUUAGUAGAUGAUGUCUUAGAAGAUGUAGUGCAGGAGUUUGAGAGGCUGAAUCAUGAUACAAUGAUACCAGGGCAGAACCAGAUAGCAGACACUACCCCAACUUUUGAGAAUCUCAUGCAAGAACUGGAAUACAUGGAGAUGGAAGAAGAAAGAAUACGACAACGGUGGAAGCAAGUCAAGUACCAUGACCCGCAAGUUUCAAAGUCAAAUGAAGGUCAUGAGUCCAGGUUAAAUGAAAUCAAUACAAUGGGAUCCCUACUUGACGAUGCCCAGCGAAUGGAAAGGUUGAAUAGUGCCCCUCUGCAACACAGUAUCGUAUUCACCAAUACUCAACACUCUGGCAACCAGAAUAGAAGUAAUGGCUUUGAUCGUCUGUCUGGGUUACACAACCCUGUCCAUGAAGAGGAAUUGAGGAUGGUACAGCCUUCCAACGAUUCUAUCUAUCUAGAACCAACUGGGCAACCUAUCAAUGGUAACUCAAUCCCGAAUGGCCAGGAAACAGAGCAAGCCUCGGAAAGGAUUCAUGGUAGCCAUAGGGAAGGUGAUGGAAUCCCAGUAUCAGCCCCAGGCAGUAUGGUGACAGGGGUGCAUGAGGGUAGAGAGGCAUUUGAAACACAUCUAAAGCUCACCUCCCAUUUCAAUUAUGGCACGUUUGAUCCGUGGAAGCUGGUUGAAAAGAUUGCUGAUGACGUGGUGGAAGACAUCAUUCUUGAUAUCACUAAUGAAGUCAGUGAUGUUAUUGGUAACUAUGUUGAAACCAUCUACGCAACAGAGUUUGAAAUGAAGACGGAUGAUGUAUCAAUGAAAGAAAAGGCGCGCAAAGCUCUCUUCACAUAGUGUAACCUUCUGCCUCAUCAAUAGAACUAAACAUUGGUCUUCUGGACAAACUCUCUCUAGUAUAGUAUCUCUGGACCUGUCAUCAUUUGAAAAGGGAACACAUCAGGGAGCUAACUACUCUUCAGUAUCUAUGGGUAAAUUGCUGAUUGGUCUACACCUGUUUGGUCUCCUCCCGCAUGAUCUAAUCCUUCUUCUUCUUCAAACAGUUCAUUUAAAUGUGCUAACCAUUUGGUCUAAUUGCCAUUAAGCCCUUCCCAUCUCGUUUAAUUUCAUUUAGGAUCUACAUAUUGGGUCAGAUCAGAAGUAGCAAUUUCUUUUGCUUGCAUAAAAAUGAGCGAGCAAAUGCUUUUGCUAGUUAGCUCAAGCAAUUUUUAAAUGUCUGGUAGCAUUUGCUUGAUGAUUAAGCUAUUGCUUAAAAGUGUAUGCAUAAAGCGAACAUUUUGCUUGUGCAUUUGCUUGGGUUUUUUCAAGCUCCGUCGGAGCAGCUUGAGCUUUUGCUUGAUCACGUGUUCACGUUUUAUAAUCAGUUUAUACACCUUAGAGAGAACCCCAAGGUGUACAGUAGUCUACAUGAAUAUGUAAACUGAAUGCAAACUACAUGUAUAUAAAUUUAUUAAGAAGAAAUAAGUUAAAGGAAUAGUUUGACACCACGUCUAAGGAAAAGAUGUUACAUGAGAGAAGCAGUAUUUCGCAUGCCACAUCUUUGCAUUCGAGUCCAGCAUUUGUUCUGUGAGUCGUGUUCGUGACGUCAUUAUUGUUAAAACCGCUAGCAAUUGCUUUCUGAAGGUAAGAACAGGUUUUCAGCACAAGCAAGUUGUUAUGCAUACAAAAUAAAGCAAUUUAGACUGUGGGAUGGGCAAGAAAAAUGUCUCUAGUUUUUCAUUUCCGUGGGGCGGCAAAUGCAACCAUGGUUCUUGGACAUGAUAUUAUGUAAAAUAUUAUGUGUGAAUACAUGCAACAUGUUGCCAUCGCUAAAUUCUGCUCCUGAAGUCAAAAUUAAAAUAAUAAUAUGUGAAAUCGUACCAUUGAUUCGACUGGAAAUUCCGUCAUUCACCCCGUGUGUUAAGGACUUCCUCGUUCGCGUUAUUUUUUUAAUUUGCUGUAUAUGCUAUACGUUAUAUAUAGAAUCAACGAUGGGGGAUAAGAUGUCGUCGUCGUCUUUGUCGUGUUUCGACAGCGAAAAUGACGUUAUACCACCAGCAAAUAUAUGAUACAUGCACGUCUUACCCAAGGAGAGAGGGCCAAUAUAUUUCUUACAAGUAAAGAGCUAGAAUAAAUUUAAGCCUUUGCUGCAUUCACUGGUGUACUACCUGGGACUAAGGAAUAAAAAUAGCUAUUCGUGCAGCAGAGACUGAUCAGCCAUAGAAGUUUGCGAUUGACUUGCAGCCAUGGGCGGAAAUCCCAGGGGGGACAUGUCCCCCCUACUCAAAAUAGUAGGGGGGACACAAUAUUAAAUGUCCCCCCUACUAUUUGUGGUCUUUUAUGAUGGUAAGAAAUACAUCAUUCAAAAUCUAAUUAAAACAUGUAUUUUAGGACGAGAUGGGAUGAUAACCUUUUUUUUUGCUUGUCAAAUUUACUUUCGUCGAAAUGACCUUAAAUUUGGGGUGAUAACAUACCUGCCAACAUUUGAAAAUUUGAAAUAGGAACACCCUUGGACGGGGGUCCAGGGGCAGCGUCUCUGACGGGGUUUUCAAGGGGUGGAUCGAAAGGAAAAUGGCAUUCUGGAGGACAUUGGAUUUGGAGGCUUUAAAUGAUACCAGAAUUACACUCUAUACAUAUAUAAACACACCUGUAGGGUUAUUUUAUGUCUCUAAUGGCCAUCCAUAAUUCCUUUCAACUUCAAGCCAUUUGGAAAUUUGAAAGAGAAACAUUUUGCAGUCCCUUUUGGUGGACCAACAGCAGUGCCCCAGCAUGCACUCCUGAUAGCAACACCCCUGAAGGUACAGGGUUUGAAGAUAUUGAGAACAUGAUUGUGGGUUCUAAUUAACACAAAAACUAUAUUUUCAUCAAUGUUUUCUUGCAAACUUACAUACUUAUGAUGACUUAGAUGAAUGUGCAAGGUAUGUUGCACGUUUUGCACUCCUGAGAAUAUCACUUGGGUAGCUUGAUGUGCUACACUCUCUCCCUCUGCUCUGCAUUGCCAUCUUGUGGCAAAGGAGAGCUCCAAGAGUAGCAGUACCAAGACAAGCUCGUUUUGUUUUGUUCAACUACAGAGAAAAUUCUUUCACAGUCACUGUUACUAUGAAAGAUCACUAACACAGCUUUCAUCACUGAUGAAAGGAUAGCAUAUUUAUAGCAACCUUUCUGAUCUUUCAGUUGGCUAAUUUUAUGCCACUUCACAUCAAUUCUCUCACUUUCUUCACUGAUAGCAGAAACUCCCUCAUCAAUUUGGUAGAGGUUAAACUCUGUCUGCACUAUAUCCAUCUUUUCAGGAGGUACCUGUCAAUGGAGUAUUCUACAGACUUAAACUUUCUGUCAGCCCUUUUGGAAAUAUCCAGUAUUUCUGCAUUAACAAGCACAUCAUCAUUAUAAGGGUAUUUGUGCAGCAUGUAUGUAGAAGAAGAAAUGAGAAAGCUCUUAACACUGGUGUAAAAUGCUGGCAAGUCCAAUCUAUCUUUAUUGUCACGAAGAAAAAUUUUACACUCAUAUCCAAUCUGAAUUUCCUCAUUAUCUUUAUGAAUGCUCUCCUCCAAUUCAAGCUUGGUAAUAUCAACAGCUUCAGUGAUAGCAGAAGGCUUGACAAACUUUGUUAACAGCGAUGCCAGCUGGUCAAGAGGUAUUCCAUGAAUUCUAUGUAUCUGGGCCCUCUGGGGUUCAUCACUUUGUAGAACCUGACAAAGUACAAAUGAAUACAUUAGAGACCAUUUAGAGUACAUGCAUCUACACUGGAAAUAAAAACAC